AUGGAAGUACUAAGACAAGUACAUGAAGGAUUGUGUGGGGCUCAUCAAGCUGGAAUCAAGAUGCCGUGGUUGAUAAGACGACAUGGUUUUUUCUGGCCAAUCAUCCUGAAAGAUUGCAUCAGAUAUGCAAAGGGUUGCAAGCAAUGUCCGCGUUUUGGAAGCAUUCAGAGAAUUCCACCGAUUGACAUCCAUCCGAUUGUCAAGCCAUGGCCAUUUCGAGGAUGGGCCAUUGACAUAAUUGGUAAGAUCUAUCCCACUUCUUUUAAAAAUCAUGGGUUCUUAUUGGUUGCGACAGAUUAUUUCACGAAAUGGGCCAACGGUCAAGCCGAGACAAGCAACAAGGUCAUCAUCAGCAUGCUGGAGAAGAUGAUGGACGAUAAUUCUAGAGUGUGGCACAAGAUUCUCCCAGAAGUCUUGUGGGCGUACAGAAUAAAAAAACGGUCAAGUACUAACACAAGUUCAUUUCAUUUGACUUAUGGACAUGAUGCCAUACUUCCAAUGGAGAUUGUCAUUCCUUCUCUAAGGGUGGCAAGACAAAACAGCUUGACCGUAGAGGAUUAUUCAGAGGCAAUGGUGAUGGAAUUGGAGAAAGUAGAGGAAGAUCGCAUUCAGGCUUUCAAUAGAAUGUUGGUUCAGAAGAAGAAGAUUUCUAGAGCUUACAAUACAUGGGUAAAGAAGAAGACCUUUCGUGAAGGUCAGUUAGUAUGGAAGGCUAUCUUACCAUUGGGUACCAAAGAUCGAGAGUUCAGUAAAUGGUCACCUAAUUGGGAGGGACCUUUCAAGGUUCACAAAGUAUUGAAAGGAAACUCAUAUUGGCUCUGCAGUCUAGAGGGUCAACCACACAGAAAAUUUAUCAAUAGCAAAUAUCUCAGAGAAUACUUUCCCACUAUUUGGGAAAGGAAUCCUUCUGUACAAAGAUGA